UACACCUACGUGUCCUCACUCACUAUUCACAGUGAUUCCUCCUCCUUGUGAUUGACACGGAUCGAAGAAGUAGCACGCGGUGGGUGGAGCGUUGAAGAAUGGGUACAAGAGAGGUGUAUGAAGAGAAGCUACGGAACGGAAAUCUCCACCAUGACCCUACCCUCAACCCUGGCCUUGGUUCCCCUCGAUGCCCUCGCUGUCUCUCCCUUCUCAACCCUAAUUCCGAAAGAGGCGAAUGGACCAUCACUUCCGUCUUGCACGACGCCACUGCUGUUGCUGGCUCAGGCAUUGGUAGUAUGCUUAGUGCAGUUUAUGGUUUGAACACAGGUUUACCUUAUCUUCAAAAUCGUCUGAAGGGACCGAAGUGGCUUCCUUUUGUAGUUGGGAUCCCUCCGUUGUUGAUAUUCUCAGGCGCAAGUGCUGCAUUUGGAGGUUAUGUGCUACCAAAGUUCACUCAACUCACUGUAACAUCCUAUUAUGCUGCUUCGAGUGCCUCACAUUAUGGAAUCUCACUUCUCACCCGCCAUAUUGAAGAGAACUACAGGACCAAAACUCAGAAUCUCAAGUGCCUCUGAGGAUUACUCUCAGGGGUAGUUAAAAGGAAAAUACAUUACCCUUUGGCAAUUUUGUUUACAUUAUCGUCCUGAGAAUGGUUAGGAUUGUUAAGAUUUAAUAUGUAAUGUUUUUUGUUACUCUUCGUGAAAAUGCUUAUAAUGUGAAUAAUGGUUCUUUAUAUUUUACUAUUC